CAUAAUACCUUACUAAUGAGGGUUGUUAGUGAGGCGGCGCGUGUGAGGGAGGGGAGCUGGGCGCCGCCUCCACCACUCUCUCACCACCUGUUGUGUGAGGCGCUCCACCGUCUCCCUGCACCUCUCCCCUCUACUGCUCUCAGGCGGAUGGAGUGGCCACAUCACGGGCCAGCAGCGGGAGGCUCCACAGCGGAAGAGCUGCGUCCUAUACACCAGGCCAGGAAUCCUGCAGUAACGACCCAGGAUCCUGCUGGGGAGUGUCAGAGUAAUGCAGGAGAGCCGCAGGAUCGUGCCGAGGAGCCCCGGGACUCCAGGAAUGCUGCAUGUGGUUCAAAAUGUACAGAGGUGCUGGGGUUCAAACCAAGGGAGCUGUUGAGCCUGACCGCUCUGGCACGCCUGCUGCACCGUCCCUGCGACCCUGCCGCCCUCGCCGCUACCAGAGUCAUGUUCGGUGUGCUGAUGGUGCUGGACGUGCCGCAGGAGAGGGGUCUUGGGGUGGCCGACGUGAAGUGGGGUGACCCCAACACCUGCCGCUUCCCCCUCCUGUCCUUCCUAACCCCCCCGCCCCUGCCGUACAUGGUGCUGCUCUACGGGCUCCUGCUCCUGUGUGCGGCCCUGAUGGUGGUAGGGUGGCGGUGGCGGGCGGUCUGCACCACCUUCGUCGCCUGCUACUGGUACGUCUUCCUCCUGGACAAGACCACCUGGAACAACCAUUCCUACCUCUACGGCCUCCUCGCUUCUAUCCUCCUUGUUAGCGACCCCCAUAGGUGCUGGUCGGCAGAGGUAGGGGGAGAUGGGUUGUCGGGGGCAAGUCAUGUCCCCCUCUGGAACUACACCCUCCUGAGGGCCCAGCUGUUCCUACUCUACUUCUUGGCAGGAGUGAAGAAGGUCGACCUCGACUGGCUGAGCGGGUACUCCAUGCAACGCCUCGCUCAACACUGGGUCUUCACCCCCUUCAGAGUCUUCCUGACAGACGACAACAUCGACUUCUUCGUCGUCCACUUGGGAGGCUUCGCCCUGGACUCCUCCCUCGGCUUCCUCCUCUUCUUCGACGCCAGCAGGCCGGUGGGGCUCGUCCUCGGGGCAGCGUUCCACCUCAUGAAUGCUCAAAUCUUCUCCAUAGGAAUGUUCCCCUGGGUGUGUCUGGUGACGCUGCCCAUCUUCUGCAGCACCUCCUGGCCUCGCCCCUUCCUCGAAGCCUUCAGCUCCUUGCUGCCUGCAAGCCACACACUUCCUAACCCAGUCAGCACAUCCGGGCUAACACCGGGGAAUGACGGCCCUUCCUCCGCUGCAGGAGAACAAGCACACGCCCAAAGGCAAGGGGAAGCAGUGGGAGGUGAUAACAGUGAGGGGAAACUCCUGGAGGCAGGAGCGGAAGCCUCACCUGACGCAACACAGCCAAUAGCGCCCAAGUUUACUGAAGCAGGGAAAACGGUUGCCGACCAGGAUAUACUCCGAACGCUGAAAAGGAAUCCUAGCUGUUAUUAUCCAGGAGAGGACGGGUGUGUGACGGGCCAGCAGAAGGCGACGACGGUGGCGGUGCUCGUCUACCUGUGUCUCCAGCUCUGCCUCCCCUUCUCUCACUUCAUCACCAAGGGCUACAACACGUGGACGGAGGGACCAUACGGGUACAGCUGGGACAUGAUGGUACACUCCUGGGACACACUCCACGUCAAGGUCACCGCCGUCACCACUCACUCCGGAGAGACACUCUACCUCGACCCCACCACGUGGGUGAAGAGCAACCGGUGGACGAGCCACGCAGACAUGGUCGUUCAGUAUGGAGGGUGUGUGGAGCAGCGGCUGGCGGACAGGGGCCUCCCCAUCUCCGCCCUCCACCUCGAUGUCUGGAAGUCCCUCAACGGCAGAUUCCAGCAGCGGGUGUUUGAUCCCAACGUCAACAUCCUGAAGGCUCCCUGGUCCCCCUGGCAGGAGACGCGGUGGGUGCUGCCGGUGGUGUCCGAGCUCAGCGGGUGGAGAGGACAUCUUCGGCAGCUGCAGGAGUCAGUGUGGAUGGCGAACCCGGCUGCCGACGCCAUCUUUGUUGCUGACUUCCCAGGUCUGACACUGGAGAACUUCCUGAGCGAGGACUUGGCCAAUGUCACUCUGGAAAUCCUGCAAGGUGAGGUGUUGGUCAUGUUGCCGGCUGACGCAGGGGUUGACAUCCUCCAAGCCCCGUGUGAUGACAAAGCAGGGGCUGACAGCCUCCAAGCCUCGUGUAGUGACGACGCUGGCAAUUGGUAUAGUGCUGAACAGUGCCAUACGCUUUUUCCAAGUCCAAAGCAUUCACAAGAUCACUCCAUCUCGGAGCAUCACAGCUUCUCUAACAUAAGAGGAAAAGAAAGUCACGACUCAGAAAUCAUCAAAAACUAUAUCCAAGAUAAAACUAAAGAGAUAGAUAAAGGAGAUUUUCAGUAUUUGGAAAAUCUCGAGAAAUUACAGAAUGAGUAUGUCAACAACAUGGCCCAGUCUUCCCGUGCAGCGUCAGGCGAAAACGGAAAGGAAAACUCAAUGAAGAACCAUCAGUCAGUGGUCCUUGGCGCAGGAGAAAGGUUGGUACUUCCAAGCGGUUCGUUUCACUGGGUUGUGACCACGUCUUCAGACCCCUCCUGCUACGUGUACACCUUCACCAACACCUCCUUGCUUAACAUGUAUCAGGGUCAAGGUGCAGAUCCAAGUCAAGCGUCACCUCGGACAGGAAGAACUAAUGCACAAGGUAAUGUUAACCAAGGGAGUUUGCAUGCUGAGGGGCUUCUAUCUCCGGGGAACUCGAAGUCACAGCUCAACCUCCAGUUGAUACAAUAUAAAACAAAAGAAGGCAUGGGAGGGCGAGGAGGGGAAGACCAAGUCUGCGCUGCGGGAGAGGAAGCGGGCCUAACGGAGACAGACCGCGGUAAUGGCAUGAAGGCAAAACACUUCCAACAGUUCCUCACCCAGGACCCUGUUGGAGACCUUCCGACAUGGCAAGAUUUUACGAACUUCAUGUCUUGGAAAUGGUCAACAUUCAAGCGAAGUGGGAGGCUGUUGGUGAGAGCGUGUUGGAGCGUUCUGAGCGGGACACCCAUGAUGCUCAAAUAGAAGCCACUGUUACAGGGCGACCCGGCGGCGUCCGGGGCGCGCUCCACACAUCUAAAUAUGAAUAACCUGCUUCUUGCUUUUACUCCAUUAGCCUGCAAAGUUCCAUUCAGAUAUCUCUGUCAGAUUAACGAUGGUUAACUAAUUACUUAAUAAAUACUGGUCAAAUUAGUCUUAAUAACUCCUUAUAAUAAGAUAUAACAAGAAGAUCGUCAGACUAACAGCUGAUGGUAGAUGGCUUAUGUGUUAUUUAGAUAAAUAUUUAAGUGUUUGGGAAAUUUACAGAGUGAUAAAAUUUUAGUAUUAAGCAGCAGAUUAGUUGAAAUGAAUAACGAGGCAAGAAUAUGGCUUUUAAAGUCUUUCGUUCCUCUCUGUUAGGGCUCUGUAUCCUGUCUCUAUGGGCUCUAUUCAUGCCUCUACCCAUGAAGGUCAAGGCUCUGUGCCAACAAAACUUACCCCAAAUAUAUAUAGAAAAACAGUAACAAUAUUACUUCGUCGGAAAAUAUAUUUUCGUCAUGAGUGAGAGACCUGAAUAUACCUGAGGGACACUUUCUCUAGUGGCCUCGAAGAGGACAGAAAGCCGGCGGCUUGAGUAUAAAUUAAUGUAUUUGUCUCCGCGACUUGUGCAAUGUUUUAAAUCUUGAAGAUUUCUGAUUUUCAAAAAUAUAAUUCCAUAACCAAAAAUAAAAUA